GCUCCUUCGAAAGACAAGGUUUUUUCGAUCUCGUUCGAAAGACAAGGUUUUAUUUGUGCUUAAUUUGAUCUCCGGUUGUGCAGGGCUCAUUAUCGGUCAUUGUCAAUUGUAGAUGCCGUAUGACUUAUAUUAAUGAAAUUUAGUGUCCUUUAAGAUUUAAAAAAAAAAAAAAAAAAAAAAGGUUCCUUUUCAAAAUAAUAAUAAAAAAAAAAAGUUCAUACAGCAAUAGAGUAUACGCAAGUUAGCCCUAUAAAUAGCAAUCUAACCGUUGGAUAUUCACAUCACUUCAAAAUUCUGUAAAUCCGCCUUUUUUUAUGUUUCCUUUCAUCUUCCUCUCUCUUUCUCUUCCUUUCUGGGUUUCUUUGUUCAUCUUCAAAUUCUCUCUCUUAAAAAUUAAUCCUAAAGUAAUACUAGUACUAAUUAUGGUUUCAACAAGAAAUCAGAAGAAGCAAUCUCACCCUUCUUCAGAUCACCAAAAAUGGGAAAUUAUCUUCAAUGCCCUUCAACAAAUGCUUCGAAAACAAUCUUCCCAAAUCGAUGUUCUCCUCGAACAACGCCAAAGUCUACAAGAACGCAUUCAACUUCAGUAUCAGCGUUGGAAUUCUGAUGUUCGCUUCUUAGAAGAUAUUAUUGCUCAGAAGGAGAGACAAUUGUCGUUGUCUGAAUCUGAGAAAAGGCUUGAAAUCUCUAAGGCCGAUUUUCUGCUGGCUUCUAAGAAAAGGGAAGCAUUGGUUAAUAAUCGUAAAUUAGAAAAUGCCCGGAGUGAGUUGGAUGAUUUUAAAGCCUGGUUUGACAUCCUGUCUCAUAAAUGCCCUGAUAAAGAGGACAUCACUCCCAAUAGAAUCUAUGAAAGUCUGAAAACAAAUGGUGGUGGACAAUCUGGACAUAUCAGCUCUAAUGGGGCAUCAAAGCAUCAAUCUAAGCUUGAAAAGGAAGUGGCGACUCUAAAACAAGAAUAUGAGAAGCUUUCUGUGAAACACAUGUCUGAAACAUCUGCCCUCAAGGAUGAAAACAAAUUUGUUUGGAAUCAAUACAAGACGAUGGAGGGUAAAUACUCUGAUCAACUAAAGACUAAGAAUGAUGAAGUUGCUCAAGCAAAUGAGAAGAUCACAAACCUCCUCAAUAAUAUGGAACAACUGCAGUCGGCAAAUGUAGAGAAGGAUGAGACUGUUGCAACUCUAAGGGCCAAGGUCACUAAGUUAGAGGCUGAAGUGAACAAAAAAGAUGGAGAUAUUUCCAGACUCACAAAAGAAUUAGAGUUGCUAACAUCUAAAAACACUGAUGGUGUACCUUUGCUAAAUCAGUGCUCUACUGAGUUUUCAUCUUCUGGAUUGAAAGUUAGAAGAAGCAGCAGACAAAAAGAGAUUGCUGAUCUAAACGAAGAAGCAACUGCUGUUCAGCUGCGGGCUACCAUUUCAAGUUUGAGAGCCAAACUUAUUGAGUUGGAAGCAGGGGGAAACCCAAAAAGUGAAGAAAAUUUCAAACUGUCAAAGGAAUCAAAGUUGCUAAGUUCGAAAACCCCUACUAAAAUACCUGUGUUAAAACGCUGCAUGAAUGAACUAUCCUCUUCCAGAGAUAGGGGCAUGAAAGGUGGAACUGCUGCUGUGGAGGAAGAAUCAUCUUCUAUGCAACUUGAAGCUACAAUUGCAACACUAAAAGACAAAAUCAGUGAGCUGGAGGCUCAGUCAAACCUAAAAAAUGAAGAAAUAUCUGCACUAUCUAAGGAAUUAAAGUUAAUGAAAUCUAAAAGCGCUGCUGAUACACCACCUGUUUUAAACCAGAGUCGGCCAUCAUCUUCCAGGCCGAGAGGCAGAGAAAACAGCAAGAAUUGUGAGAGUGCAUCUUUGAAGGAACAAGCAUCAUCUUCACAGCUGGUCACCAAGCAAGUAAGUAGACCUAGACUGUCAUUUAUCCCCUCUGCCUCCCCUCCCCUCCAAAAAUUUGUGCAAAAGUACUUUCCAUCUUGCAUAAGCUCAUUAACUUUUCCAUUUUACUUGCACAUUUUUUUUUACUUUGUGUUCAAUCGGUUGUCUGUUGUUUGUGCUGUCUCUCAAAAUCUCAUGAGUUUGCGCUUUUAAUAUUUAAACAUUCCUUUGUAGCAAUUGUUCAAUAAUUUGUGGGAAAAGUCUCCUGUUUAUGGCUUCUAUCCUGAACGAUUUUCGGACACCUACGAUAUUGUUUUUGGCUUGGAACAGUAGGUUAGAUGGGAAAUUUAUUGUUGAAAAUCAAAAUACCUAUCACGAAUCUAGGUUAGACAGGAAGUUUAUUGGUUAUUUAUUCUUCCAAAACUUGUUGGAGGGCCAUACUUUGUCUAUUCUGUUCUUCGUAGGUUCCAAGCAAUGAACUAGGGGGUACUUGUUUUGUCAUUACUUAAAUGGGAAUUACAUUAUGAAAUUCACCAUACCUACCAUGAAUCAACUCUGCACGGAGAUAGGAACAUAUGUAAAAGGGACAGGAAACCAAAAUUUCACAAAUUUAUGAUGUGAGAUCAAUGAUAUGACAAGGAAUGACAAUAAAAUUUUAAUAUAUGAAAUUUUUUGAUAAAAUGUAUGUAAGAUUCACCUCCAUAACAUCAAAAGUGCUAACAAAUUUACAAAUGUGCAAAAAUAAAGAAACAAGUAGUUAACUUUGCUUACCAAAAAAAAAAAAAUCAAUCAGUUGAUGAACUUUGAAAGUUAAUGAACUAGAAUCAAAUUAGUUGGAUGUAGAUAAUAAUUCAAUUUACCAGAUUGGUAUAAAGAAGCUCUAACCACAUUAAUCUAUCCGGGUCAUUUGGGCACAUAUAUUUGUCAAAAUGGAGAAAUUAUGAAUUGAUUACUUGAUAAAGUGAUAUCUAUUUCAGAUUUUUUUCUUUAGCUAUACAAUUAUGUUUUCCAUUUAUCUUCAGAUUUUAUAAAUAAGGAAAAAAAAGGGGAUAGUGAAAAUAAAUAGCAUUAUAGGCUAGUAGCAAUGCCAUCAAUUUAGGAAGGCUAAGAAGGAAGAAGCAACAAUUACUAGCUAGUAGCAACUCCAUUAAUUUAAGAGGGCUAAGAAGGAAGAAGCAAUAGUAAUUCUAGCAAUAAGUGGCUUGUUUAAUUGCCUUGACAGUGUUGAUUUUGUUUAUGAUGAAAUUAGAGCAUCGGAAGGAAUAAAGGAUAAAAGGAGAGAGAGAAAUAGGAUUUUUUCUUAAUCAAGGGGAUAGGUUAAUUAACUAGGUGAAGGAGGAAAAAACAAUGGUGAUGCUAGAAAUAACUUCCUUGCUUGUAGUGAAAAUGAGAUUUAGUUGUUUGAGGCUUUGAUCUCACAAGGAAAUUGAAGCAUUGGCUAUUAAACGGUUAAAAGGAGAGAAAGAGAGAAAAUUAUUUAGGUGAAAAAGGUGAUGCUAGAAAUAAGUGCCUUGCUUGUAGUGAAAAUGAGAUUUAGUUGUUUGAGGCUUUGAUCUCCCAAGGAAAUUGAAGCAUUGGCUAGUAAAAAUGGUUGUAAGGAGCAAAAGAGAGAAAAUGGGAUCAAUUAGGGAAAGGAAGAAGCAACAAUGAUACUAGUGAUAAAGGCCCGGCUUGAUUUCCUAAGUGUCAUUGAUUUAUGUGGUGAAAAUGUGUUUUAGUUGUCUAAGACUUUGAGGGGAAUUAGAGCAUGAGCUAGUAGAACGAUUAAGAGUGAGAGAGAAAUUUAGGCUUAUGAGGAGGUAGCAAUAGCGAUACAGGCGAUGAGUACCUUGAUUUGUCUAUGGUGAAAAUGAAGUUUAAUUGAUUUAGGCUUUAUAAGAUCACAAGGGAUUUAGAAAAUUUGGGUAGUAGAAAAGUAAAAAAGAAGAGAGAAACUGGAAUGUGUCUAAAUAUAGGGGAAAAAAAGGGGAUUGUUACUUUGUCUACGAUGAAAAUGUGUUCUAGUUGUUUGAGGCUCCGGGCUUUAGAGGGAAUUAGAGAAUUGGCUAGUAGAAUGGUGAAAAAGGGAAGGGAGCGUGAAAGGAAGUAGCAAUAGCGAUACUGGCAAUAAGUCUUGGCAUUGUUGAUAUGUCUAUGGGUGAAAAUGAAGUUUAUUUGAUUGAGGCUUUAAGCUCUCAAGGGGGUGAAGAAUUUGGGUGGUAGAAAAGUAAAAAAAAAAAAAAAGAGAGAAAUUGGAAUCUGUCUAAAGGGGAAAAAAGGGGAAUUAAUUGGCUAGUAGAAUGGUGAAAAGGGGAAGGGAGCGUGAAAGGAAGUAGCAAUAGCGAUACUGGCAAUAAGUCUUGGCAUUGUUGAUAUGUCUAUGGGUGAAAAUGAAGUUUAUUUGAUUGAGGCUUUAAGCUCUCAAGGGGGUGAAGAAUUUGGGUGGUAGAAAAGUAAAAAAAAAAAGAAGAGAGAAAUUGGAAUCUGUCUAAAGGGGAAAAAAGGGGAAUUAAUUGGCUAGUAGAAUGGUGAAAAGGGGAAGGGAGCGUGAAAGGAAGUAGCAAUAGCGAUACUGGCAAUAAGUCUUGGCAUAGUUGAUAUGUCUAUGGGUGAAAAUGAAGUUUAUUUGAUUGAGGCUUUAAGCUCUCAAGGGAUUGAAGAAUUUGGGUGGUAGAAAAGUAAAAAAAAGAAGAGAGAAAUUGGAAUCUGUCUAAAGGGGAAAAAAGGGGAAUUAAUUGGCAAAGGAAGAAGAAGCAAUACUAUUUAUAGCAAUAAUGGCCUUCUUGAUUGCCUAGGCAUUGUUACUUUGUCUAAAGUUUUAGGCUUUGAACUGUAAAGGAAAUUAGAGAAUUGGGUAGUAUAACAGUGAAAAGGGGAAGGGAGUGUGAUAGGAGUUGGGAUCUGUCUUAAAAUAGGAGAAUUACGGAAUUUUUAGUGAUAUAGUUCCCUGCUUGGUUGCCUUGUCGCUGUUGAUUUGUCUAUGGAAAAACUGAGUUAUAGUUAAUUGAGGCUUUGAGCUCACAAGGGACUUAGUGAAUUAGGUAGUAGAAAAGUUAAUAAGAGCAGAGAAAUUGGGAUGUGUUUGAAUGUUAAACAAAUUACAAUUAUCAGAUUCAUAGUAAGUAAAGAGACUAAAGACGCGUGCCCAAUUUAAAUAUACGCUCAAAUAGCAAUUUGUUUUUUUUUUUUAUUUUUUUUCUUUUUUUCCCCCACACUUUAGUUGACUACAACAACACAGAAUGAUUAAUUGUUGUCAACGCUCAUCACAAUCUUAAAACAGCUCACAUGGCUUAUUAAUCAGAAGUUUUGUGUAGUGGUACAAAAUGCACGUCCAUAGGAUGUCUUUAAACUUUCUAGCUGUCCUAAAUUUUCUUGAUGUAUCCUGAUCUCCCUCUAGUUCCUCAUACCAACAUAUAAGUGGACUUUCAGGUACUUAAGGCAUCUGUUGCCAAAAGGUUAAAAAUGAAAAUUAGAAUUACUGAAGUUAAAUUGUAAUUUUAGGAAUUAUUUAUAGCCUUUGUUAUCUUCAGGCUUAUCAAUAUUGUAUAAGCCCAGAUUGGUUUUUGUACGUAUAGAACAUAUAUAUAUAUAUAUAUAUGAAUCCUGAGUUGUAUCUGUACCUUUAUAGCCAUGAAUUACUCAAGUGGUAUCGUAGAAUUGAAAAUUAUUCUUGUCAGAGGUAGUUCAAGGAGAAUAUUUAGCCUAUAACCCCUUCUUUGUUUUGCUUUCUACUUACCAUUUUCUGUUCCAUUGGGCAUCAAACUCAUUAAAAUAUACGAAGUACUUGUAUUUCAUUGCUAGAAAUGAACUGGUGUUGCCUAAUUCACUAUUUCUUCUGUUAACAAUCUAGAAUGUGCUAAUAGGUACGUGCUACAUGAUACAGUGUAUCUAAUUACAUCUCUGCACCCAUUCCAUGUAUCAGAAGAGGUACAUGCUACAUGGUACAGUGUUACAUUCUUGUACCCAUUCCAUGUAUCGGAAUGCAGGAUUCAACCAUCCUAGUCAGUCUGUAAUUAUGCUGCAUCAAACCGGUGUACAAAGCCGGUUUUAAACCGGUGCCCAUUUGCAUUUUUGUACUAGUGCUGUCUUGUGGAAUUUUGGCUGAUACAUUUUUCAUAAAGUGUGAUGGCUUUUCCAUGUAGAAAUUAAUGUAGGUCUCAUUUUUAAUUUCGUACUAUUUUGUUAGUGGGCUGGACCAAUGGAGUUUAAAUAGAUGCAAUUUAGGGUGACUAAUUGCAAAUUUGCAGACAACAAUUGUGAACUAAAGCUCAAUCUUUUUUAAUCUUGGCUUUCCACAUAUUCCCUCCAUUUUCUUUUGAAGUACUCAAUUACAGAAGACUCUUUUUGUAAGCCAGAGAUGGAUCAAGUAAGAGGCUGAAAAGAAGUGUAACUAUUGUAUGAUAAGGGGAUAAGAUGGUUAACUUUAUUUGUCAAAUAAAGACUAAAGCAGAAGUAGGUACAUCGUUCAUCAAAUAAAAAUAUAUUAAAAUGGAACGUGGUACAUCAAUAUAAAACAAAGGUAGUACUAUACAAGAGCUUUUGGAAUUUGGAGAUAUUCAUGAACAUCAUUUAAGCUUUAACUAUUCCCUUGGUAUUUGAAUACAUCAGUUUAACCAGCUUUAAUUAUAGGAGGGUGAUUUGAAUGAAACAAAAUGUUGCAAGUGAGAUUUGUAUGGGAAUAAAAAAUUAUAAGAAAGAGAAACAAUAGGUAAAUACUAAAUAGUAUAUUCAAAAUUAAGGGAUGUAAAAAAC